UCCUCGGCUCCUGCCAUUGCUACAGAGGGAGCUGCCGGGAGAGGAGCGAAGGGGGGAAGCGAUACGCAGCUGGGAUUCACGCGAGGCAGCACCGGACCCGGUUCAUGGCUCAUGCUGCUAAUGGUAUGGACCAGGAGGCACCAAGCAAGAGGCUCCACUCAAGGGUGGAGGCCUCCUGUUUGGACCUGGCCCUGGAGGGGGAGCGGCUUUGUAAGGUGGGGAACUUCAAGGAGGGCGCGGCAUACUUCGAGGCGGCCGUCCAGGUGGGCACCGAAGACCUGAAGACCCUCAGCGCCAUCUACAGCCAGCUAGGCAAUGCCUACUUCUACCUGAAGGAGUAUGGAAAGGCGCUGGAGUUCCACCGGCAUGACCUCACCUUGGCCAGAACUAUCGGGGAUAGGAUUGGGGAGGGAAAGGCCAGCGGGAACCUGGGGAAUACCCUUAAGGUCCUGGCCCGUUACGACGAGGCAGUGGUCUGCUGCCAGCGGCACCUGGACAUCUCCAGAGAGCAGGAGGACAAGGUGGGCGAGGCCCGGGCGCUCUACAACAUCGGCAAUGUGUUCCACGCCAAGGGCAAGCAGCAGUCAUGGGGCUGCAAUCAGGACCCUGGGAAUCUACCCCCUGAGGUCAGAGAAACCCUGGAGAAGGCAACCGUCUUCUAUGAGAUGAACCUCUCCCUGGUCAAGGAGCUUGGAGACCGAGCCGCACAGGGCAGGGCCUACGGGAACCUGGGAAAUACCCACUACCUGCUGGGGAACUUUGUGGAAGCCAUCAAAUUCCAUAGAGAGAGACUCUCCAUCGCCAAGGAGUUCGGCGAUAAGGCGGCAGAACGCCGGGCUUACAGUAACCUUGGCAACGCCCUCAUAUUCCUGGGGGAGUUUGACACUGCCACAGAAUAUUACAGGAAGACGCUGCAGCUCUCCUACCAGCUGAAGGACCAGGUGAUGGAGGCCCAGGCCUGCUACAGCCUGGGAAACACCUACACGCUGCUGCAGCAGUACGAGCGCGCGGCCGACUAUCACCUGAAGCACCUCACCAUCGCCCAGCAGCUGACUGACAGGGUUGGGGAGGGCCGUGCUUGCUGGAGCCUGGGGAAUGCCUACGUGGCCUUGGGGAACCACCGGAGGGCGCUGCACUAUGCCCGCAAGCACCUGGAGAUCUCCAGAGAGAUCGGGGACCACGAAGGCGAACAGACCGCUCAGAUGAACGUGGAGGAGCUCAUGGAGACCUUGGACAUAAGCGAAGCGGACCUUUCAUCAUGCGGGUCCGAGUUUGAGGUGCAAGGAGCAAGACCAAAAUUUAGCAAAGCCAGCAGUAUGGACAGUGUGGAGCUGUGGAAGUACCCCCCAGAAAAGGGACAGAACGGGAGCAGCCAGGACCUGGACGACGUGUCGAGGAGGAGCAGGAACCGCAUGUCACGGCCCCCCAGGCGGAAAGGCACUGAUGGGCAGCCGCUGGACGACCCGCCGUGGCCGGACAGCCGGGCCUCUCCGGUGGAAUCUCAGGAUGGCGCCGCACCGAAACUAGGCCGAGAUCCCUCGGACGAGGACUGCUUCUUCGACCUGCUCAGCAAGUUCCAGAGCAGCCGGAUGGAUGAUCAGCGGUGCCGUCUGGACGAGCAGCAGAACGGUGCCAAAGACGCCUGCUCCCUCAUGACCUCCCCCCAGACAGAGGAGCUGUUUGACCUGAUCGCCAGCUCGCAGAGUCGCCGCCUUGACGACCAGAGGGUCAGUGUCAGUAACCUGCCAGGGCUCCGCAUCACACACAAUAACCUGGGCCACCUGUGCGUGGAUGGCGACCCGCAGGAGCCCGGAGACGACUUCUUCAACAUGCUUAUCAAGUGCCAGUCCUCCAGGAUCAACGAUCAGAGGUGUUCGCCCCCUGACCCUGGCCCCCGAGCGCCGACCGUGCCGGACGAGGACUUUUUCAGCCUGAUCCAGCGCGUGCAGGCUAAACGUAUGGAUGAGCAGCGGGUCCACCUGCCCUCUGAUGAGCAGGACGGGCCCGACUCGGAGCACGGAGAAGGGAUCGCUGUGUCUGGGGACUCGAGUUAGAGGCCCGGCCGACCAGAGCCCGGGGAAGCCUAGCCGGCAGCGGUUCCGUGUCUGCGUGUGGUCGAGUGAGUGGGAAACGAAGCUUAGGAUAAACUAACAAGGGGCCCGGUCCGAUUCUGCUAUCUCGAUGAUCCCGCUCCGGUCCAGGCUGCACCGCUUGGAGCACCAGUUGAUGUUUGAGAGGAGAGACUAGAAGACAGAAGAUGCUUCAAAGUUUCCAGAUGCAAGACAGAUGUAUCCAGCUGUCUAUGCCUUAUUUUAAUUGGAUUAGCUAUCUAGCUUUUUUGUUACGAUUGAUGGAUGGAAAUACUGCUCAUCAAAGCCUGUUUGUAAGAUUAAAGUUACCCGGACAGCAGAAUUACUAAGUGGGCGGCAACAUUUUUGGAUCAGGCGACUAGUUUCACUCCUAGUAACCCCACAGUUGACAGACAGCUUGCUUUUGGGGUGGUUCGAACAUGGUUGCGAUAGCUACACGUGGACAUAUUUGCGACACGCAACACCUGCAUGCAUUCUGUAUCUCCUACAUACGAUGUUUUCCAGCGCAAAAUAUCCAUGCUCUUAAAAGUUCUUGGUGGACAGAAAAUGGGCUAAAAUGCCUUUUUCGUUUCUGGGUGGUGAUGUGGACCUUAAAGAUGACUGUGAAUUUAUUUUAUGUGCGUUUAAGAUUAGGAUGGAAAUUCCACCCCCUAUGUCAAGGGACAUAAUGUGAGAAAGAAAGGAAUCGGACCGUUUUAAAAACGUAGCGAGUGAAACUGCUUACCUGUCUCAUGCUACACAUUUAACACGUUACACACUCAGUGUUGUAUAUUUUCCAUGCCUAUUCUGGGGUUUGGUAAAAGGACUGCUUUUAAAUGUAGAUAAGCAAAAAAAAAAAAAAAAACGAUAUUCAGGAAAUAAUCAUUAAAAUAGAACCACAAAUUGCAGUUAAAUCUGGAUGCUGGAGUUCUUAUACCAGUCAUUAUCUAGUAGAUUUUUAUAAGCUGAGUGCAAGAAUGCACCUUCUGCAUAACAAGCUAAGGGCAAACUGCCCACCUGUGCCUCCAACUGAUUAAAAACCCAAAGGUCCAAUUCAGGUACGAUUUGAUUGGUUGACUAUCUGUGCCAUGUGAGUGCUGUGUGCCAAUGUAAACCUAGACCACUGACAAGCACCUCUCUGGGUCAAUAGCUGCACGAGUCUUCAGAAUUAAACACCUUGCCAACAACUAAAGGGAUGAAGGCUCAUUUUGCUAAUUGCUAAAAAUUACUCGUGAUGUCUUGUGGUUUGUGUCAGGGCGAGGCAUGGAAAACUGCAAGUGACAUUUUUUAAAUCGAAGUAUAAUUCACAGUCUCAGUAAGUCCUUUAACAGUAUAGCAAAUUGACUAUUUACUUUUUUUACUCUAUUUCUUUUUAGCAAUUUGCUCUUUCUAUCGACUAACUCAAGUAUGCACUUUAAUAAUACAAAAGUAUUGUGCACAUAACAGAAAAAAACAGCAAAUUAAAUUUUUUCAAAGUAACAGACUAAACUUAUUUCUGAUAGGUUGUGCGGUCCCCUUUAGAAAUCUGCAGUCUUGGGCCAAAAUAUGAGCUUUGCUCUGGGUGCUCUCAAUUAAAUAUAAAUGACUUCAAAAUAGACAUCUCUGUCGCAGAAUAAUCUAACCAUAUGGAGCGGAAUUUUGGAGUCUGGACCUGUUUACUCAUUUGUUCUCCUUUAUUUUCUAAUGAAAUAGCUGUACGUUUUCUUCUUAAGGGGUUGUUUGUUUUUCUGUAGAGAAACUGCCAUUUGAAACCAAUAUACUUCUUAUCUCUUCUGAAUCUGUCGGUACGCUUUUAAUUAUCACUGUUAAGUACGUCAUGCUUUCUAUUUAAGUUGUAUAGAAACAUGAGGACCUCAUAAUUGCUUUAAAUGAACUUUCGAUAAAAAUGGGCUUUUAUUAAAACAUGA